AACUGUUUAAUAUAUACUAAAAUUCAUAAAACUCUGUACCUCAUCCAUCAAAGCGCCAAUUCAUUGUACCUAAAACAAAAAACUAACAAUGCAUCUGCACAAUAGAUAUUUUUGACAAAGUCCAUUAAUUUAUCUAAAAAAUUAAUACUUUCAGUGUCUGGGAUUUUACGUAGUCGGCGAGAUAAAACGAAAACGAAAAAGUCUAAAAAAAAGAAAGAUGGCGAGGCUGCUGAAAAUAUACAAGAGGAACGUCUGGCAAGCGUUGAUCGUGCUAAUAAUUCUUUGGAUCAUGAAGAACAUGGCAAAAUGAAAACUCAAAAUUCUAGUGGUAGCAGUGCUGGAGGUUUGGGUGUAUCAUCUGCUUCAGCACCUGGAAGUGUGGAUUCAACUGGUGGCAAUGGUAUUGGUGGUUUAACCGCUUUGAAUGCUUCUUCAGCAAUAAACUCUAACAGUGCUGCAAAUAAUAGUGGUAAUGGAGUAAAUGGUGCCGCUGGAACAUCUGCAAGUGGGAACUCCUAUGGUGCCAAUGAGGUGGAUGAAGAUGGAUAUAGCAUGCAACCGCCAAAAGAAAUUGCUUGGGAAGAGAAUCACGAUAAUGCUGGUAGUUUCUACUCUGAUUCAGACUCAGAUUCAGAUAACGAUAAACGCGAUCGUCGUAUACAUGUGAAAAUCAAACCUCUAAACAAUGGUCAGGCGCCAAUGUCAGCAAGUGUUGAUGAGCUACGUGCGACCGUUGAGAAUAUAUCGCUAUCACCAACUGGUGUGUUUUCGCAUAGUCAGCAACUGCAACAUUCACGUGUCGCGUCACGUCAACAAUCGCCAGAAAUGAUAUCGAAUGCCUCUACACCAACAGCCACCGUGCAUCCUUACGCACCUUUGCAAAGUCCAACUUUGUCAAUGUCGCAUAAUUCAAAAUAUGCUGACCUGGGUGAUAUAUUUUCUGAAUUGGGCGAUGUAAGUGCCUCAGCGCCAGCUUCUGCUACGCUUUCAAAAUCAACGGCGCGACAAAUACCAACCCCAACAUCAGCCAGUAACAUUGCUAUACCCCGUCCACCAUCAAGACGUUCAGAGAUGGUAACAUCAGGUGGUGUUACGGGUGGUGUUGGAGGUGCUCGUGGGCGUAUUAGUCCAUCACCUAUGAAUCGUGCCGAUAGUAUUGGUAGCUUAGAGUUUCGUACAGCUAUUGGAGGCAUUGGGUCAUCUCGCGGUCCUUCACCACUUACAAUUGGCAUUACAGAUACCAUACCUUUGGCUGUUGCAUUCCAUGAGAUUAUACAUGCUUAUUUUCGUGGCAGCGAUGAAUCACGUUGUCAAGUUAAAAUAUCCGGUGAUAUGAUGCUAUCAUUCCCUGCUGGUAUUGCCGGUCAUCUAGCGAAUAAUCCCAAUCCAGCCAAAUUGGGAUUUCGUAUGAAAAAUGUGCAACAUUUGGAAAAUUUCAUUCCAAAUGGCAAAUUAGUUCAAAUUGACAAAAACCUGUCAAGUUCUUAUAGUACAAUGUUGGAGUUUAAUAUGCCAGCACUGACUGCAUUGCUCAGACGUCAAGCUGAACACAAUCCAACUGCGUCCUAUUUUAAUGUGGACAUUUUAAAGUAUCAAGUGCGUACUAAGCCUGGUGCUUCCUCAUGUCCAUUUCAACUCGUAAGCUAUUGGAAAUGUGAACCCACCUUUACUGCCUUAAAAAUUGAUUAUAAAUAUAAUAACCAUGCCAUGGCCAGCGCAUCGCCACUUUUGAAUGUAACACUGUCCGUACCUGUUAAUGGACAAGUGCGGAAUGUACAAUCAAAACCGCACUCAGCAUGGCUUGGAGAAUCUAAUCGUUUGGUGUGGAAUUUUACCGAUAUAUCACAAAAUUCACAGGAUGGUGGAGUUGGCACUUUACGUGCUCGGCUGGAACUGAAUGAUGGGCCAUCAACGCCGGCUUUACUUACAACACAAUUCAACUGUGAAGGUACGACAUUAUCUGGAAUUGAGUUUGAGUUACAAGGAAGUGGAUAUCGUUUAUCUUUAGUUAAACGAAGAUUUGUUUCAGGCAAAUAUGUAUGCGAAGGAGAUGGAGUGCGUAGUGGGGCUACACCUACACCACCAUCAGUUGGUUCGACUAGUCCAUUUUCAGCAAAAUCUAAUUAAUCGAACCUCUAACAAGAAACCGAAAUGAAGAGAAAUUAAUAAGAAAAAGGCUAGAAAUGAUUAAUGAAUUAGUAGUGCACAUAUAAAUUUUAAACUUAUAGUGAAUCAAUCUUAAAGCAUUUCAACAUAAAACGAUUUCUAUAUCGCGAAAAAAGCAAAUUGAAACUAUUGUCAUAAUUUUCAUCAAUGCGUAUAGGCUCGUGAAUAUAGCAAAAAUGUUAAAAAUUAAAACUAAAGUAAAUAGUUUAUUG